AGGCAAGGGAUUGUGGGAAUUGUAGUGCCUAGAAUAGGGGAUAGGAAAAGGGGGAAGGGCUUAGGUAUUAAAUAGGAGCAGAAAAGUGCGGGAAGUCAUUCCUACCUUGUAAGCAUUGGGAAGUCAGCGUUUGCAGGAUGGCACAGAGGAAGAGGAGCGACGUCCUUCAGGGGCUUCGGUCGGCGCUGGCAGGCCAGGAGGGGGAACAGCUGAGGAGGGAGCUGCUGGUGCUGCUGAGCUCCGUGCCGGCACCAACACCGGUGAGCAGCGGACCGACACGCACGACGAGGCGCAGGGCUAGGCCUCCGGAUCGCCUUUCGCCGGAUCCCAGUGGCAGCAGACGGCGCAGGAGGAGUCCCUCUCGGGAGCCGGGGCAGUCGGCCCAAGGAGCAGCGCGAGGCAGAGGCGGCAGCGGCUCCAGCGGACAAGUGCGCAGGCAAGUGGGGAGUAAGGCGGCGGGUCCCGGUGCCUUGGUUAAGGCUGUAGCGGGCUCCCGGGAAGGGCUGCGCAGUGGGGGGAGGAGUCGAACGGCCUGUGCACCGCAUGAGGGCCAGGUGGUGGCGGCGCGUCUGGAGGAUCCGGUCCCGGGCAGCUCCUCACCUGUGGAGUUUGGGGGUGCUAGUAGGAGUGACGACGGAGGAUCCGGUGCUGGUGUGGCUAGGGGGACUGGGGCAGCUGCGGCACCUGGGGCCCGGAUGGAGCAUCGGCGGGUGGCGCCCCCUCUGGUGUUGCCGCGGGUUGGAGGAGAUGACCCCCCUAGGAGAGGCAGGGGGAUGGAGGCUGUGGACAGGGACAGAGGUGGUGGUGGCCCGUUGGACAGGCGGGGCGGCAUGGGCUGUGAGUCUGCCGGGGGGCGGUCUCCGAGGGGGACUUCCCGUGGACGGGUGGUCCCUUUGGAACGGCGCGGGGGGCCCCGCAGCAGAUCUGGGAGUCGCACUAGGUCCAGGAGCAGAUCUCGCAGGGGUUGGAGCAGAGGGGACAGCGUACAUCGGGACGGGCACAGGCGGGACAGGUGUGGUGGGAGGUCACCCACUCCAGUACGUGCUAGUUCCUCUCGCUCUUUCUCCCACUCUAGGUCCGUUGGUCGGCAGGAUACUACAGGACACAGUGGCAUGGCAUCACGGGAGGCACGGUGCAGAAGUCGGGACAGACAUAGGUCGCGGUCCCCGGAGUCCAGCGAGUCGGUUAGACAAUCGGGCCUGCAGGAUGGACCGUCCCGCAGGCCGGGUGUGGGAGCGGUUUCGGCAGCUGGCUCCGGGAGCGGACGAGGCAGGAUAUCCCUUCCCAGUGGGUCUGUGGAGGAUCGGGACAACCGACUUAGAAGAUUGGUGAGGUCUUCAGUGGCGGCGUCGACUUGGGCCGCAUAUGGUAAGGUCUGGAAGGAAUGGGAACAAUUGGUCGAUUGGGCAGAGGGUUGGAGUUCGUCAGACGGCAGGCGAGAACUUAUGCUGUGGUGGGUGUACUGGAUGGCGGAAACGGGUAGGUCUGCAGCUCAAAUUGACAAAGGCAGGGCUGCUUUAGCGUUUUGGUUUAAGCUGAAGGGGUGGGUGGACUUGACUAAAGAUUUUGUGGUGCGACAGGUGGUUAGAGGUUUAAAAAAGGGGAACAUACGUUGCGACACCAGGAGGCCGGUGUCGGUUCCGAUGUUGACUGAUUUGUUGCGGGUUUUGGAGGGCAUUUGUUUUUCUCAGUAUGAAGUUCACUUGUUUCGGUUAGCUUUCCUUUUAGCGUUUUUUGGAGCUUUCAGGAUUGGAGAAUUGGUGAGUCCUAGCAAGCGGGUUUUAGGGGGGCUACAGAAAGCGGAUGUUGAAUUAGGGGUUGAUUGGGUGGGAAUAUGGCUGAGACGAAAGAAAACGGAUCAAUUAGGUAAGGGGCGCAGAGUGGUAUUGUACGCUUUAGAGGGGGCGUCACUCUGCCCCUUCGCUAGCUUGCAAUGGUGGUUGGAAGUUAGCCCUUCAAGGGAGGGUCCGCUGUUGAUUCACAUGGACGGCACUCCUUUGACACGGUUUCAGUUUGUAAAGGUGUUCCGGUGGGGUUUGGCACAGAUCGGCAAGGCGCCGAUGGAAUAUGGCUCUCAUUCUUUUCGUAUAGGAGCGGCUACGGAAGCAGCGCGGUUGGGAUUAGGUGAGGCGGUUGUGCGGCGUAUUGGCCGUUGGGAAUCUAAACGAUUUCAAAGUUACGUUAGGCCUGAAUUGAUUUAAUGGUUAUUGGUUGGGGGGUUGGACUUUCCGUAACAUAUGUGGUUUUUUUUCUGUGGUGUUAUUUGUUUACGGUGGGACUACGAGAGUAUGGAUCGUUGGCCACUCCUUCAUUCGUUGGGCGGAACGGAGAGCUGCAGUUCGGAAGAAGAGUCAGCAGCUUGGUUUUCCGGAAAGUCACGUGGAAUUUCAAUGGUUUGGUUUUCCUGGAUUGCUGUGGCCUGGUCUGUUCGACAGAUUGGUGGCAUUGCGGAAUAGCGAAGCGCACCCCCAUGUCCUGGUUUUGCAUGUGGGCGGUAAUGAUAUGGGGGUCAUGAGCCAGAGAGACUUGGUGCGUCAUAUGAAGAUGGAUAUCGACAAAAUUCGUUCCUUGUUUGUAGGAGUUGUUUUGGUUUGGUCUGAGAUGGUCCCUAGGUUGGUGUGGAGAUGGGCGAGGGAUCAUUCUGCAAUGGAGCGAAGCCGAGUUAAGUUAAACAAAUUAGUUAGUGUUUUUGUAAGGAGGUCUGGUGGUGUAGUUGUACGGCACAAGGAUCUUGAAGAUGCAAUGCCGGGGUUGUACAGGAGGGAUGGAGUUCACUUGUCAGACGUGGGUUCGGAUUUGUUUAAUUUGGAUUUGGCGGAGGGGGUGAAAAGAGCUCUUCAGCUGGUUGGUGGGGUGGCGCGGCCAGCAUAAGUGUGGUCAUGCAGGCAGCGCAGUGGCGUAGUGGGGUUGCCAUAAUAGGGAACCAAAAAGGGGGCAGUGCUGUCAAGGUGAGUUUGGUGUUGGAUAGGCAUGGGGCUAGGCUUGGAAAAAGGGUUCACCAUAGGCAAGGAAGUAAGUGGCGGAAGCUUAGCCUUAGGUUGGAGAUUGUGUUGUGAUCUGGAGAAGUGUUGUUAAUAUUGGUUCAUUGUUAAUGCAGCCUUAAGCGGCUAGUAUGUGUGUUUAAAACAUAUGUUAACAUGAUAUGUAUUUGUCAUAAUAAUGUGAUAUAUUGUAUUGAGUAACGUUAUAAUAAGUUAAGCUGUUGUUGUAUAAUAAACUAAGCUGCGGCCUUUUCACCCAA